CUACAACCCAGUUUUCGUCCUGUGUCAGCUCGACCAGCUAACCCAACUCAAUCUCAUCGCCGAACUCAUUAAAAACCGUUGACAUACAUAUAAAUGUCUAAAAUCCCAUUCCAAGCAUGCUAGAACAGCAUCUCGAGUCUGGCCAUGGCACAUCCUCCCCGCCACCGCCGGCGAAAAGACCGAAGCGUUUCCAGUGCCAACAUUGCCUGCGACUUUUUGCAAGGCUUGAGCAUUUGCAGCGGCAUGAAAGAACUCAUACACAAGAAAAGCCGUUUUCUUGCAAUCAAUGCGAUCAACGGUUCACACGCAGCGAUCUGCUUAUUCGCCAUGAGCGACUAUCCCAUUUGACAGACAGGCGGGCCAGCUCGCAAUCAGAAAAGGGCGGUAGUCGUGGCUUGCGAGGUCGACGCAAACGCACCGCCCAGGCGGCCAACAUAGACGAACAAGAACCCGAAGUCAUGUCACCUACGGUGAAUUUCGAGCCCAAUGGCGUGAUUCCUACAAAUAACAGUCCCAUUCCGUCCAUGAAAAAUCAUACUAUACCUUUGGUGACACUAUCAAUGGCUGCAGAACAGGCGGCGCUGCAGGGAAUAAUUCCACCUAUACAGGAGAACGCUAUUGCAAAAGCUCCGAAUAAUGCUCAGGUAUCAUUUCCAGAGCAAGAGCAACUUGAGCCUCAACUAGCCGAAGUCAACUAUGGAUUGGAUUUUGAGGAUUCGCUUGAUAACUUGGCAGCAUUUCUAGACAAUGGACCAUUGACUUCUCAACAUUUCUCGUCUUUCAUCAGUGCCGAGCAACCAAUUCCGUUUUUCUCCCCGGAGUCUGCUUCACAAAGUUACGACUUAUUGCAGGAACAUCCUCAGCGCACUCCAGCUCCAGUAACUUCCAUGGUUGAGGAGCCGGGCUCUUUUUCUCGAUUUGGUUCCCGUCUUCCAUCUUUACAACCGGAGGAAUCGCCUGCACAUCGUGAUCAGAACUUCAACUUGACAAGAAAGCCGUUAUCAGACAUUUCUGCUGAGGACAGGCAGCACAUUUCUUUGAAACUAAACGAGUUCUCUAGUUUUAUUUCCCCCGAUUUCCGACUACCGUCGCGUCUGGCAUUGUCCCGAUAUCUAGCUGGCUAUAUCAACGGCUUCCAUGAGCAUAUGCCGUGUUUACAUGUACAGACUAUGUCUGUUCAAAAAUGCUCAAUAGAGUUGUUACUUGCCAUGGCGGCUGUGGGCACGCAAUAUUGUUUCGAAGGUGAGAAGGGUGUGGAGCUGUUUCAUAUCAGUCAAGAAAUUGCUAUGCGGCGAAUCAGACGACGUGAUGCUCGUGUCGCAGCGCAUGCAGAACAGUCGCAAAGCAGUUAUUCUAAUUCAUUACAGCAUAAUGACCAGAUGAACCCACAACAGUCGUUUCAAGACAUACAGCCCCAUAACGCUCAUAGUCCAUCCCUAUCGGGUCCUCUAGGUCUCCCGUCAGAUCAAGAACAUGAUGAAGACCUUAUGCAAACUGCACAAGCCUUGUUUCUUCUCAUGGCAAUGGCAACCUGGGCCAAACACAAGGAAAUACUUCGCCAAGCACUCGCAAUACAAAGCAUCCUGGCCACGCUUGUACGCGAAGACGGACUCAAAAUGGGCCCUUUAACUGGCGAGGAUGUUUCAUGGGAAGAAUGGAUUCGUUAUGAAUGCAUCAAACGAACCAAGUUUAUUGUCUUCUGCUUUUUCAAUCUUCAUUGCAUAGUAUACAAUAUUCCUUCAUUGAUACUAAGCUCAGAGCUGGAUUUGCCGUUACCAUGUAGCGCAGCCGAGUUCAAGGCUCCAUCCGCAGUACGAUGGCGAGAGGCUAAGAAGAAGCAGCAACUGCCUGAAAUACAUUUUCAAACUGCUUUUCAUCGCUUAUUCAACCGAUCAAGCUACAAAGACUCGGAUUACUCUUACACUUCUUCACUCGGAAAUUAUAUCCUCAUCCACGCUUUGAUCCAGCAUAUUUUCUUUGUGCGUCAAAUCGUACGCUGCCGAAUUCCCAACCAGCCAUCUACAGCCUAUCACAAUCAAGAUCAAGAUUCCGACGAGAUAUCCUCGUUAGAACAAGCGCUCCGAAAUUGGCAGUUAGGAUGGGAGCAGAACCCAGAGUCAUCACUUGACCCUUUGGACCCUAACGGACCGAUUGCAUUCAACUCGACUGCUUUACUACGACUAGCUUAUAUUCGGCUAAACAAUAUCUUUGUUGGCCCUGGCCACCAUGCCUUAGCCACACGCGACCCUGUGCAAAUCGCUCACUCGUUCCGGGAAAGCCCAGCAACAAGAAUACGGCGAACACGCAAAUUGGUUCGGGCCGUUCUGCAUUCAGCACAUGCAUUGAGUAUUCCCGUGAAAAUCGGCAUUCGACUAGUGGCACGUACGCAGACAUUUACUUGGUCUAUACAACAUUCCAUAUGCUCACUUGAAUGUGCCUUUUUAUUAUGCAAAUGGCUCGAAGCUCUUGCGCUUCCUCACCCGCAACCAGAAGUCUCUGAGGAUGAAAAGAGAAUCUGUUGGUUGGUCAAGACCAUGCUAGAUGAGACUGAGUAUGGUGUGCGCUGCGACGAUGAACACGCCUUACAAUCUCCCAGUAUGCUUCGGCAGUUGAGCGCCGGCGUGUUACGAGUAUGGGCGCAAAUAUUCAAGGGGGCACAGACCUGGGCGGUUGUGGAUGUCAUCGGGACAGCGUUAAAUACUUAUGCGGAUAUGUUAGAUGAUACUCAAAUAUCUUGACCAAUAUGCAACUAUAUUGGCUCUGUGGGUUAUCGAGCUUAUCAUAUUCGACAAGGAUGGUAUUAGGGUUUACCCCCAGACUAAAAAGUGACGCAGCGAUUUUUCUAGCCUAAUAUUGAGGUACAUUCUCGACCUAUUACUAAUUCAACAGAUGGUAU